AUGCUAACAGCACUUGGAUGUCUCCCAUCAAUUCGUCUGACCGUUUACCGUGGAGUUAAGCUCCAUCUAGUCGAUGAGUAUCCAGUGGGACAAACAUUUGUCUGGUGGUGCUUCUCGCCAUGUACAUCAUCAGUCACAACUCUACAAUCAGAACAAUUUCUUGGCAAAACUGACACAAGAAUAAUGUUUAUUAUCGAUUGUUGUAGUGGAAACGAUAUUCGACGACAUUCUUAUUUUGAAACAGAAAAUGAAGUUCUUCUUCCUGCCGCGAGACAAUUCAAAAUUGUGGGUUAUCUUGAUUCAGGUAACGAUCUUCAUAUCAUUCAACUUCAAGAAACUGAAGCACUAUUUCAUCUUAUCGAGUUGGUACCUAAAAUGAGCACAACAGCCAUUUCCCAUAGCAAUCAACCAGAGAUUCUCACGAAGUCUACACAGUAG